GGCAAAAGCAUCGCCGAAGGCUUCAACGCAAGCCCCAGCGAGGACUUCUCCCACGGCAUCUCCGCAGGGAAGGCAGCUCGGAAGCAGACCAGACAAGAGCGCUGUGAGCCCAGCCCCCAAGGCGCAGCCGAGCCCCAAGGCAACGGCCAAGGCACAGAACAAGCGAAAGACUUUAGCCCAACGGCUCGGACGGCCAAGAAGGAAGAGGUCAAGGCGGCCAAAGCAGCCUCCAAAGCAGCAGCCUAUCAGACCAAAGUCCAGGAGACAGGGCAGCGCAUAGCGGAUGCGAUACGAAGCGACCGGAAACUCUACGAGAAACUGCUGUGCUUAGGGGUCAUGGAGAUGGAGGAGGUAGCAAAACAGCUGCGUGCGGCUGACAAAGGCCUAAGCUCAGUGGGCCGGAAGCGGAUGCGAGAGUUCCUUGAGGCUCAGGGCUUCGUGCUGACACAGCAGAAGAAGCUAUCCAGGGAGGUCUACGAAAAGAACCGGUCCUGGUUCCGAGGGGGCAGAGGAAACUACCCACACGAUCUCAAGUUUCUGAGAUCUGAGAGUUUGAAUUAA